AUUUUAAUUUCGGACUAUCCGAGUACGGUCAUAUUCUAUACACUGUACUUUUGCACUAAAAAUAUAUGCAAUUUGAUAAAUAAACGCGAUAUUUGCAAACAAAUUGGCCAGGAGCUGCCUAAACCUCAGCCCCCCGGAGUUGCUGAUGCAAGUAUGGUUGGGAAAAACUUCAAGGCUCUAGCGCACUUUCACCGCCUGACCGAAUACAUUGUACAGUGCAAGCACUGCGACAAAACACUGUCCUCCAAACACACCUCCUCGAAUCUGACGCGCCACUUGAUCCGGAACCACAAGCUAUUAGCCCGCACCAUAUUCGCCGGUGAGGAGGGAAAGAUGCUAGCUGAGCUUAAGGACGAGCUUGAGGCCUCCGUUUCCGAGGAUCUAAGCAUGGAACUCGCCGAGGGUGAGGGCGAAACGAAGUCGGCCGUACGCGGAAUCAUGGGCGUAAAAAGAGAGCAGGAGCAGAUCGAGCGCCACCACCAGGAGACGGAAAUGCGUAAUAAAGUUAUUGGGAAAAACAAUAAGUUGUGGGCCCACUUCAUUCGCAUCUCGGAGUUCAUGGCCAAAUGCAUGCAUUGCGGCAAAACCUUGUCCUCGAAGCACUCGUCCUCCAAUCUAAUGCGACACAUAGUCAGGCGCCACAAUAACCUGGCCAAGACCCUGAAUCACUCGCACCAGCACCUGAUGACUCUCAAAAAGGAGGUCUACGGCAGUGCGGAGCGACGGCAGGCCGCCGAUCCCCUGGAGAAAGUAAACUUUGACGAUGUGGACAGCAUAAUCGAGAAGGUGACGGAACACCUGGACGAAGAGGUUACUUCGAUUUCGCUGCAGGAACCCUUCUACGAGUACGUGGUGGAAAACUCAGACUCCGUGGUGGUUGACAGAUGCGAGGAACCAGAGCCAGCCGAGAUGCAGAACAUGAUCCCGCCGGACACCGCGUCGCUGGCGGACACCACCACCCAGAUGGAUGAGAAGCUUAAGGCAGAGACGAUAUAUUACAACGAGAUGGCCGAAUUGGCCAGGGCCAAACGCCGUUUAAUCGAUCUGCAGACCAAGAAGCUGCUUUUGGACAUGAACGUGGUGGAUAACUAGCCAACCGAGGAUUCUUAGGGCUUGUAUUUGUAGAAGGACUAGGCGGGCAAUAUGAUAAUUUAAACUUAGGUACGAUUAUACUUUUAACGACA